AGUUGUCUUCUGUCUGGAAAUUCAAAAGAAGACCAAAGAUGCCAAAACCUUGUCCUAAUUCAACAGUUUCAUCACAUUUUGGUCUGAACAGAGAAUCAUCUGCUCUUGCUCCUAGUAGUGGUUACUUAAUCGUGGAAGCAAAUGGCGGUCUUAAUCAGCAGCGUUCUGCGAUUUGCAAUGCUGUGGCUGUAGCCGGGCUUCUUAACGCAGUUUUAGUCAUACCGCGGUUUGAGUUUCACGCUAUUUGGAAGGAUUCAAGCAACUUUGGUGAUAUCUAUGACGAAGAUCACUUCAUAUCAAGCCUUGAAGGUUAUGUGAAAAUAGUGAGAGAUGUUCCUGAUGAGAUAAUGACUCGUUUUAGUUACAAUGUUUCAAGUAUUCCUACUAUUCGUGUUCAAGCUUGGGCUACUGUGAACUACUAUAACGGGGAAGUUUAUCCGGUUUUAAAGGAACAUGGGGUUAUUCGGAUAACUCCUUUCGCAAAUAGAUUGGCGAUGAGUGUUCCACCGUAUAUACAACUUUUGAGGUGCAUAGCUAAUUACAAAGCAUUGAAGUUUUCUUCACCUAUAUCAACACUAGCUGAGAAGUUAGUCGAUCGGAUGGUUGAGAAAAGCUCGGCGACCGGAGGAAAGUAUGUCUCGGUCCACCUUCGAUUUGAGGAGGACAUGGUGGCAUUCUCAUGUUGUCUCUACGAAGGUGGAAGAGCUGAGAAAUCUGAAAUGGAUGUGAUUAGACAGAAAAGUUGGAAAGGAAAGUUCAAACGAAGAGAUCGUGUCAUUAGGCCCGACCUUAACCGAGUUAACGGAAAAUGUCCCCUUACCCCAUUAGAGGUCGGUAUGAUGCUCCGUGGUAUGGGAUUUGAUAACAACACUUCGAUAUAUUUGGCCUCGGGAAGAAUCUACCAACCUGAGAAACAUUUGGCUCCUCUUCAAGAAAUGUUUCCUCGUCUCUACACAAAAGAGUCUCUUGCAACUCCAGAGGAGCUUGCCCCAUUUCAGGGAUAUUCCUCCAGAAUGGCUGCUUUGGACUACACAGUGAGUUUGCUAAGUGAAGUCUUUGUGACAACUCAAGGUGGAAACUUUCCUCAUUUUUUGAUGGGCCAUCGAAGAUUCCUCUUCGGUGGACAUGCAAAAACUGUCAUACCCGACAAACCCAAACUCGUUCUCCUUCUUCAGGACAUGGAAAUGAGGUGGGAAGUUUUCAAAAAGGAGAUGAAACUGAUGCUAGGGGAAAGCGAUAGAAAGGGAGUGAUGGUACCGAGAGUCAGGAAGAUCAACCGGAAAACUUCGAUUUACACAUACCCGUUACCCGAAUGCGAAUGCAUCUUCCAUUUGUCUUCCAAUUUUUCAAACACCGGAAACAUUUUGAGCCUUGGAGCUCUUCAUCCAUCUUCCAACCUCAUAAGUUCUGCAAGACUAUAGUCCCUGAGUCAUUUUGACCCUUACACUGAAGCUCUGAGCCAAGUCCUGAAUGUUUUUUUGCUCUUGACGGAAGCGAGGAAUCAGAUAUUCUUACGAGGAGAUUGAGUUCACAUAAGUGUAAGAACUCUCUAGGAUUGAAAGCUGUGUUGCUUGCUACUUCUGGUUAGGAGUUAGGACAGUCACAAAAACAGGGGUGUGAUUUUCUGUACUUAUGUUGUUAUCUUUUUUGUGCAUUACUUACGUUGUCACUCAAAUUGUUCAAGUGUAUAGAAAUUUUACAUCGUUCUGGUGGGAUUUUUUUUGAAAAAAAUUCAUUGUAAUAUUCCCUACCUUCGGUUCCAGUAGUUUUUACAUUCAAUCGAUCUCCCUUCUG